UUUUUAUAUAUAUUUAUCUAUAUAUAUCCACCAUUCAUAAAACCUCUUUCAUUCAUUUUUCAUGUAACUUCUUCGUUUCCAUCAAAACUUCAUCCAUUGUUGCAAUCAAUUCAACCAGGCCAAAGUUUUAUAUAUUUCUUAACAGAAUUUAUCAUUCUCUUUCAUUUCCUAAUGUUGAAAUCACAAUUGUUUGGUUGAUUGAAAAAUGCCUGGGUUUAUUGCUGUUGAGAAAAAAUUUACAGCAAAAAAAAUGAGUUUUUCUAAUUUGGCUAAUCAUGAUAAUUUAGCUGUUUCGAAAGGAAAUGGUAGUGUGAGGUCUGAGGCUCUUGAUGAUGAUGAGAAUAGUCCUAUUCUUGCUGGGUUGUCUGAUGAUGUUUCGAAGUAUUGCCUUGCACUCGUGCCUCGUUCGAGUUUUCUGGCUAUGGGCGGUGUCUCUAAGAGAUGGAAGCGGUUUAUUCAGAGCAAAGAAUUCAUAACGGUGCGAAAAUUGGCUGGGCUGCUUGAGGAAUGGCUCUAUGUAUUGACAUCAGAUGGUGAUGGAAAAGGAAGUCAUUGGGAGGUGAUGGAUUCUUUUGGUCAUAAUCGUAGGUCUGUUCCGCCAAUGCCUGGUCCACGGAAGGCCGAGUUUGGUGUCGUGGUUCUUGACGGACAACUUCUUGUUAUGGCUGGCCAUUCAUCAAUUGAUGGAGCUGUUUCUGUCUCACCAGAGGUUUACCAAUAUAAUUCUAACCUCGACAGCUGGAGUAGAUUGUCAAACAUGAAUGUGGCUCGGUACGAUUUCGCCUCUGCAGAAGUCAAUGGCCUGGUUUAUGCAGUUGGAGGAUAUGGAGCAGAAGGCGACAGUCUCUCUAGCGCGGAGGUAUAUGAUCCGGAUACUAACAAGUGGACAUUGAUUGAGAGUCUUCGCCGUCCAAGAUGGGGCUGCUUUGCUUGCGGAUUCGAGGGGAAGCUCUACGUGAUGGGCGGAAGGUCAAGUUUUACAAUCGGAAACUCAAAGUCGGUCGAUGUUUACGAUCCUGAGAAGCAAAACUGGCGUGAGAUGAAAAACGGGUGUGUCAUGGUCACUGCUCAUGCAGUACUUGAAAAGAAAUUGUUCUGUAUGGAGUGGAAAAAUCAACGAAAGUUAUCGAUAUUCAAUCCUGAUGAUCAUUCAUGGAAAACGGUAUCGGUCCCUCUGACGGGGAGUUCGAGUGUUGGUUUUAGAUUUGGGAUACUGAAUGGUAAGCUUUUGUUGUUUUCGCUGAAAGAAGAUCCUACUUAUAGGACUUUGUUGUAUGAUCCAAAUGCAUCGCCGGGGUCGGAGUGGGGGACUACUGAUAUAAAACCAUCUGGUGUGUGUUUGUGCAGUGUAACUAUCAAUGCUUGAAAAUGUUUGCUGCUUCUGAAUUGGAGAUCUUGAUAGAGUAGGCAAUAGAGCUAGUGUUUGAUGUUGUUUUAUGGUUGUGAUUGUAGUGUACAGGGUCAUGGAAAAAAAAAUUGAAACCAUAAAUUUGGGUGCAACAUGUUUUUUAUGAAAGAUAGGAAAAUGAGUGUGUCUUAAUGUAAAAAAUGUAAUUCAUAUCCAUUUUCUAAGUUGAAGUGUUCAGAGUUAAUAUCUCAUAUUGAGAUAUUAGGCAGGUUGGUU